AUGCUUCGGUUCCUUGGCUCGACUGCUAUCCUCGCGGUCGUCGCUGCAAUCGCAUUCGGUGCCCCGGUCCCCGAUGGUACCUGGCCAAUUAGUCAAGGUCAUGUCACUUUCCCUGAGGUCUACGUCGUGAAAUCGGGCGAAGUAUUUGACGGCGGCAUGAAGACGUACGAUCGCUCAGACAUCACCUGCCUCGGCCACACUGAAAGCAACGUAUCCACCGCUGUCUUCGAGGUCGAACCCGGUGCUACGCUCAAGUACCUGCCGACCAAUUUCUCUAAUGCCAACACCAGCUUGGCCCAGCCCUUCAAACUUACCCCGCUCUCGCUCUGUGAGCGGUGGUCCUCGCCCCAUCGUAUCCAGAAUGACUCUGAGCCAGCGAACUGCUUUUAUAGCCAUCUUUCAGAAUGA